AUGCCGAGAUACUAUUGUUAUGAUAUCGACUGGUUCGAGGACGGCGUACAGCUUGUAGAGUGCGGCAGCGACGAAGGCGAGCCUCUGGAAGCCAUGGACGAUAGGGCCGUUGGGGAUGUUCCCAGCUGGUCUGCUCUCGACCCCUCCGAGGUAUACGACCGGGAAUCCCGGCGAUUUCUUUCGCAGCCGCAGCGUGACAAUGCCACGUCUGGCCAAAGUACUCCUCGGGGCAGCGGGGACAUUCUUCCUGAUAUUAUGAUCGAUGGCUCGGUAAAUAAUGCGUGGCAUCCCCACUUCCUAGAGGCCGGGUAUGGCGAAUCCGUCCAAGCACCGUACGGUCCCGAGAGCUACUGGGACAGGUUGUCUGGGCGAGACCAACUGGUCUCGACAGCCACGUACUCGUGGUGGUGGUUCGCGACCCUGAUUGACAGGGUAGAAAGCGGAGAGUACUACUCUCCCUUCUACUACGCCGACGACGGGUACGAUUCGUACGACUCGUACGACUGGCGAUACGAUCUGGAUUGGAGAGACGGCGAUAAUUUUAACGACGACGACGGGUAUCUAGAACAGGAUCUGUUUGCCCCGGAUAACGUGAUCGAUGAGAAGCUCCCGAACCUGGCGAACUUUCCUCCAACCCGUGAUUAUUUCAUCUAUCCUCGCCACCCCACCGAGCAAUGGUGGCCGCUCUCGUAA